AUGGCCACCCCAAGGAGAUCACAUUCACCUCUUGUAGGCAAGAAGCCACUGCUGUCAGUCGACUGGGUGGUCAGAUGUGCAUUGAACAGCAUCGCAAAGAUUUUCACCUACAGAAACAUCAGUGGCAGAAGUAUUCCGAACUCCGAGAUUGAUAUCGAGAUGCAAGCGGUCGUUGUAGACCCAAAUGGCCAUGACGACGGCGACAGCGAGCCCACGCUCGACCUGAGAAGAGAUCUAGAGAGCCAAGCGGACGCCGUUCUGAGACGUAAGUGGCUUUCUGUUUGGUUCAGAAGCGGAUUGAAUGUUUUACGUGCCGUGGUGCAUUCGUGCUACAUGCUGAAGCCGAGACCGGAGGCGGACGCCGACAGCGUAGAUCCUCGUAGAUUUACCGCCUUACCAAAGCGAGGGGUCAGGGAUGAUGCGCCAACGCAACAAGAACACCUGGAACAUGAGGAGCAUGUACGAGCCUGCGAGGGAGCUCCAGGUGUUGUGCCUGGCCUGCUUCUGACCCUGCUCGUGGCGCUAAGGGCGUGUGUUGCCUGGCCCGUCCUUGGGGAUCCAUUCGCUGAUGCAGCUAACGGCCGGAAGUUGGUGAGCGCCCGUACGCGCCAUCAACCGCAUCAAGACCGACUUGAUCUUUCUGUUCGGUUGAGCUUCACAAGACAGAGUAGAAGCCAAGACCAGGUCUACGAGAUUGCCAGAGCGAGACGGUGGAAUGGCUCGAUGCCUUGUCGGAGCGCUUCGGCUCCUGACUGGCGACGCUCCCGCCCGCAGAGAAGAAGCCACUCCCGGGCCGUGCCUGCCUGCGACCAAAACAAGGCCGACCCCCGCCGUCGCUUUCCCUCUCGCUCGCCUUUUUCAUCUCACCUGCCGCCCUGUAUUCAUCCUUCUAACUUUGUCAACGAUAAUCGUAUACCCAUCGAUAAAUGGAAGCAUACUCGAACCCGUCAUCGGAUGAUAGCCGUAGAUUCGCUCAAGGACUUCCCAUCGGAAUCGAAGCUUAUACUCUCUUUAGCCGCCGAACAGAACAAUUCACACAAGCCUUCAUCGCAAAUCAAAGACAAUACCAUGGCAGACGUUCGUAGCAGUCCGCGUGAAAGUCACACUGGCGCCGAGAUGAACGGUGAAACCCGCCCUCAAGUGCCAACUUGGUCGGUGGCCAACGCAAAGGAGGCAAAACCUCCGUCCGAGCCUGAGGGCCGAACGACGGGUCCCAGGAUCGACGUGGAUCCUUCUAACGGAAGUCACACUGCUUCGGCCGAUGCUGAUGCACAAUCUGAUAUCGACGAACUGCUUACUGGAGGUGACGCUGAGCCUGAGCCCCCUCGCUAUGAUGGGGACUUUGACAUCGAGAGGCACGACUACUGGUGGAAUCUGCUUGACAUGGACAAUCCUCGACAUGCCAGAGCUUCCAAGGGCAUGCGCUAUGGCCAAGAACGCAAUCCUAGAUGUGAUACCUGCGAAAGACAAAACAGAGCUUGUAUGACGCGGCCCAACAGUCAUGACAAGACUGGAUGUGUUCGAUGUUCAUACACACAGAGCGGGUGCUCACACGCUAGAGAAGCCAGAGAGUCUCACCAACAGCGGACUGGUUUCCCGCUUCUUAAGAUUGCUGGCGCCCGCAAACGUGAUGACCUGGACGACGAUGACUCUCGCAGCCCUCCGCUUGAGCUUGCAGCAAAGCGAGCGCGUCUCUCAAGUUACAGCGGAGCUUUCCCAGAAGCAGGCAGAAAUUUGAAUGCUACUCCAUCGCGACCUACCUUCGAUGCCCCUAUCUCCGUCAAUGGACGACAUUAUUCUCCGGUCCAUGUACCAGGGUCAGCGGCCGAGAGAGAACCAAGCGGUGUCAAUGGUGACAGUGCACGAUCAACUCGACCGGACGCCGACAACCGCCAGUACUACGAUACGCAUAACGAACUGUCUCGACAUGAUGACAGGUAUCAGAAUCACGACCGUUACGAAGUCUCUGCUCGUGAUAUGAACAAUUUGUUCAGCCUGGUUGAUAAGCUCCAGCGGGAAGUCAGAACACUUCGCAGUAAGCUGGAUGGAGUCGAGGCCCGUGUAGACACUAUCAGUGGAGCUGUUGAUAUCUACAGGCCGUAG